ACUAGCUCUCAUCACGAACUCCGAAAGCGCCUGCACUAGCAAAGGUCUGUAAUUCUGUUUCUCUGUGCGAAAAAUUAGCAAAAAGAUUUGACAAGAUGACCAACGCCUGGAGAGCUGCUGGACUUACCUACAUCCAAUAUUCCAACAUUGCUGCCCGUGUGCUGCGCAAUGCCCUGCGCGCCGAGCUCCGUGCCGAUGCCGCCAAGCGCAACGAGACCCACGUGAAAUUCACUCCCUGGGCCAACGGCAGACCCGCACAUGAGAAGCCCUAAUUGCUUCAACAUUAUUCUGUCAGUUUUGUAGCAAGGUCUCGUCAAUCAGACUCUGCUUAGGCGCUACCAAGUCAACUGGCGGCCAUCAGGAUGCGUGGGCAAAAUGUUGAGUUGUUUCCAUAAUUAAAAUUUACGAAUUAAAUUAAAUUGAAAACAAAACAAA